AUGUUGACUACGACAGAUACACUCAAACAUACAUACAGUAAUAAAACAGCUGCAACAAUAUUAGCUGACAAUAGCAACAGCAGCAGCAUUUCAACACAACAAACAUAUAUUAUGCAUAAUAGUAGUAAAAAUAGUAAUAGAAAUGAUAGCUCUAUAUUUAGUAGUAGUGAAAAUGAAAUUGUACAAAGAGAUAUUGCAACAAUAUCAGCACCAGAAACAUUAGCGGGAACAGCAGCCACAAUAACAACAAUUACAAAUAAGUACCUUAACCCACCGAUUUCAUUUACGAAACGUAAAUUGCGACGCAAAUAUCCUUCAAAUAUGAAUUAUUUAAAUCAAACGGCAUCUAAAGAGUUGCCAACACGUUACAAAGGUAAACGGCGCAGACUGAUGCGACCAUUUCAAAACGUAACGCAUGCUACACGUACAACACUGCCAAUUCUGCCAAUUCUGCCAGCAACUGCUACUACUCUAAGUGGAAUUACUACGACGAGAACAGCGACUGCUGUAUCUGCAAUUGUGCAACAGCAACAGCAACACCAACAGCAGCCUCAACAACAGCAGCAACAAAUACAAAUACCAAAGAAUGUACAAACUAAUAUUAUUGUACAACAACAACAGCAGCAACUACAACAACAGCAGCAGCAACAACAAAUAUCCAUUAAUGCGCGUACUCCACUGUUUCGACAACCGCAGCCAUACCAGAACCAAUAUCCGCAUCCGCAACAGCAGCAACAGCAACAGAAUACAUAUCAAAUACAAAAACAACAACUACCACAACAGCAACAGCAACAACAUCGACAACAAUAUAUUGAACCAACAACUACUUUACGUGUAAGCACUUCAAUUGAUCACCAUCACGCUGCUGGUAUAACAUCCAUCAAGCAACAUCUACAACAUCAACAACAUCAACAAAAUUUCAUAACAAAUACAAGUAUACAACAUCAACAAGCAAUACCUAUAGUACAACAACAGCUACAGCAACAUCCUCACCGUCAGUCGCAACUAAACAAUAACUAUCAUCGCCAACAGCAACAACAGCACAGCAUAUUUGAUACAACAACAAUACAAAAUCACCAGGAUCAUUUAUUAAUACAAGGCAACACUGAUAUUGUUGUUUAUCGAAAUAUUGGUGCAAUACCAUGCCCACCGGGUCUAGUACCACAUCAUUUUGUACCAUAUCAUAAACAACAACAACAACAGCGUCCACGAACAAGGGGUAAGAUCUUUCAUAUAUAA